AUGGCGACCACGACAGCAACAGCGAUUCAAAGUAGUCGCCCUCCAAUCCAACCGAAGGAUUUCUCCGCGCAACAGCCGGAGACGAUUCGUCUGUUUCCACUUUCCAACUACACAUUUGGCACCAAGGAGACGCAACCCGAGGAAGAUCCUUCAGUACUGGCCCGCUUAAAGCGUCUAGAGGAACAUUAUGAUCAAUAUGGCAUGCGGCGCACCUGCGAGGGCAUCCUGGUCUGCCACGAGCACAACCACCCUCAUGUCCUGAUGCUGCAGAUCGCCAAUGCUUUUUUCAAGCUACCCGGUGAUUACCUGCUCCAUGACGAUGACGAGGUUGAAGGGUUCAAAAAACGACUGAACGAGCGUCUGGCGCCAGUGGGAUCGCAAUUCUCAGGCGAGGGGGUCAAUGAGGACUGGGAGAUUGGAGAUACGUUGGCUCAGUGGUGGCGGCCGAACUUUGAAACAUUUAUGUACCCCUUCCUCCCUGGACAUGUCACACGGCCGAAGGAGUGCAAGAAGCUCUAUUUUAUUCAGCUGCCCAAGAAAAAGGUCCUCUCCGUGCCCAAGAACAUGAAGCUGCUGGCGGUGCCCUUGUUCGAACUGUACGACAACACUGCGCGCUAUGGCCCCCAACUUUCUGCCAUCCCGCAUCUGCUCUCCCGAUACAACUUCGAGUUUGUGGAUGAAAACGACAAUGUCGUGGCUGUCACUCCCGGAACACCGCUGCCCGAGGGCCAGAUUCCCCGCACGAAAGUUCUCGCGGGUGGGGACGACGGGCAAGACACGGGCAUGACAGAUAUUGGCGAGGGGGAUAAGGAGGUUGAGGUGCAGUAG